CUCACUGUCUGUCUAGGCCGAGAGCGAGGGGAGCGUCUGGGGGAGGUAGCGAGAGAAUUCUCUAUUCUCGGGUCCCCAUUCUGGCCUCUCGCUCCACAAGUUGGAAUCUCUUUCCACCCCCGCUUCGUUACCUCGAGGCUGUGGGUGGGAGUGUAGUCGAGCUAGGACCGCAGCUCUAGCUCCAGAUCCAGCUCCGGUUCCAGCUCCAGCUCCACCCCCGGCCCUGGGCAUGCAUGGUCCCGAAUCAAUCAGCCAAUGAAGCAAAUCCCUGACUCGACCAACAAAGAGGGUUACCCAUCGCUCGUGCCAUUCUUUCACUCAUUGUUGAUUUCAUGCAUUCUUAGAUUCAGUCUUUCAUUCAUCUACUAAAAGCUUCUCUCCAGCUCCUUUCUUCCAGGGGAGUUCACGUUCGGUUUUCGCCCUCUCGCCACCUCUGGCUCCCUCUGGCUCCCUCUCGUCUUCCUCUCACAGAAGUGAGGAAUCGAUCGCCACUGCAUCAUCAUCUCUGAAGAAGCCCAAGGACCUUCUAGCUUGCUAGCGAGUGAGUGAGAGAGCCAGCGAGCGAGCUAGACGACGGCUGCCAUCGCCACAAAUAUCGACAGGAAAAGAGUCCCCAGUACUUACAGGUCAUUGCAGCUGGUCGAUGAGAUCUAGCUGUGGGAUCGAAGAGACAGAAAGCGAGAAAGACAGAGAGAAAGAUAGAAAAAUUGUAGUUUUAGAGUUAGUGAGUCCUGCGAAUUUGUUCCACUGACAUAAAUUUAUCUCGAGGGCAAGGGAGGGACGGAGGGAGGGACACGGGGAGAGAUGGGAAAUCUGGCAUUGGCGACGACCAGCUGCAUAGGAAUGGGUGUCGUGGAAGAGGAAUUAGCAUCAGCAGCAGCAGCAGCAGCGGGAACAGCAGGAGGGACGAAGAAGAAAGUGGUGACAGUUUUGAAGCAGGAUGGGACCGUCCUGGAGCUGGCGCAGGAGGUGAGAGUCUCGAAGCUGCUCAAGGAUUAUCCGGGGCAUUUUGUGUGCAAGUCCGAAGAGCUGGGCUCCGGGGGCAAGGCCAGGAUUCUGGGUCCCAACAUUCUUCUCCAGCGCGGAGAGGUCUACCUCGUGCUCUCCCAAAAUCAGGCCUCUAUGCGCAGAUGCGGCAGUAGGCGCUCGAAAAUCAACCCCUUGGUGCCUCCUGCAGAAAGUGGCCCCCAAUCGCCCGAUCCUCCUCGAGUCGAAGCAUCAUCCGACAGCCCCAAACGAUGUCAGAGGAUCAGGCUGGUCAUGUCCAAGCAGCAACUAGCCAAAAUGAUAGCAGGGGGCUCCAUGCUCAUUUCAGCCGCAGCCAGCAGCAGCUGCAAGGCUGUCUCCAAUCCCUUGUCCCUGAGCUCUAGAGUCAGUAGAGCAGCAGGCUUCUCUUACAGUAGCAUGAGGCUGUUCAACCAUCCUGUAGCUACGAAUAAGAGUUGUGCUCGACCCAAAAGAAGCUGGUGUCCGCAUCUGGAUAGCAUUGUGGAGGUGCCGAGUCAAUAAUUGAAGAAUGAUGCAGUCAUCCAUCCGAUCCUCGAUUUAUUUCUAGUUGUAUCAGUAGUAUGGGGUAGUAGAAGAGGAAUGGUCAUGGUCGUAUGUACUAGACUUGCUGGUAAUUAAACAAACCUCUAGCGAUUCUGCCAGCAGCCAUCAUCAUCGUUGAAGAAUGUGGGUAAACGGAUUGUGUCAACAGAGUGGGGCAAAAUUCUGGGGAGAUCGAGAUUCGUGUGUACAGAGUUGAAAGAUAGUUCCCCCGUCCCUUUUAAGUGAAUUCUCGAUUCGAGUAGGAGAAAGAAUUAGAGCUGAUUUUGUAAAUUAGAUGCUGCAGCUGCACCGUUGGUGUGCAUAGUAGAUCAUACCCGCACGUUUGUGGUAUAAAUCGACUGAAAAAUCGUCUGCCUCCGAGUCCAGAGCUCGAAGCUCGGCGGCUUGGAAAGCUUGUAGUAAUUAGCAGGGCCGUUGUCCAACUCUUCAAAUGGAUGUAAUCCAUCCUGAAAAUUGCCACUAAAGUCCAUCUGAAAAUCUCAAUAUUUCAGAGUUCCAGUGAGAAUGUACACCGGAACUGGAACACCACUGAAAAUAAGAUUUUCACUGCCA